CACAGAACUUAAUGCAAAUACCUACGCAAUCCAAAACUCCCCAUUUACCGAACUAGAUUGGAGGCUUGGAGCACUCGGGUGGAAUCAAUUCCUUCCACCAACUUUUUCCUCCAUUAAGAUCAGUCAACUUGAAAUUUCCUUGUGAAACACAAUUCAUUCCUCAAUAUAAGGCAGACAUCAAUUUGAUCUAACAACUAAAUUCUGCUUAUGAGUAGAAUUGUGAGUGUAAACUAAGUCAAGAAUCAAGAUAGCAUUACAGAUAGGACCAGUGGGGAUUUCUCCAGAGUGUUCGUGAACUAAGAUGAUUGGGGAAUUACUAGAAACGGUGUGUGGAAAGAAUCCAGACGAGCCCAAAAAUAUCGAUAAUGGAAAGAAGAUCAAAGGCAGAGUAGUAUUGAUGAAAAAGAGUUUUAUGGACUCAACUGAUUUCUGGGCUUCGUUUCUUGAUCGAAUUUACACGCUCUUUCACAAAGGUGUUUCACUGCAGCUCAUCAGUGCUGUUCAUGGUGACUCUGCAAAUGGAUCAAAAGGGAAACUGGGAAAACCAGCAUUCUUGGAAAAUUGGAUCCCGAAUCUUAGAUCACUGACGGCCGAGGAUGAGGUCACAUUUGACGUUACAUUCCACUGGCAUGAGUCUAUAGGAGUUCCUGGUGCUUUUAUUAUCAGAAAUCGUCACCAUAGUCAGAUUUACAUCAAGACAGUCACCUUAGAAGAUGUUCCUGGACAAGGCCAGCUUCAUUUUGUCUGCAAUUCUUGGGUUUAUCCUGCUCGUCGUUACAAGUACGAUCGUGUCUUCUUCGCAAACAAGACAUACCUGCCAUGUGAUACACCAGAACCACUGCGCCUGUAUAGGGAAGAAGAGCUCAUCAAUCUUCGUGGUGACCGGUCGGGCAUGCUUAAAGAAUGGGACAGAGUAUAUGACUAUGCACUCUACAAUGACCUGGGAAGUCCUGAAAAGGGAUCAGACCAUGCACGCCCUGUGCUUGGUGGAUCAGAGGACUACCCGUACCCACGUAGAGGAAGAACUGGUCGUCCACCAAAUAAAGAUGAUAGUAAGUCAGAAAGCCGAUUGCCUCUCCUAAGUUUGAACAUUUAUGUUCCACGAGAUGAGAAGUUCAACCAAGUGAAGUUCUCAGAUUUCUUAGCUUAUGCUAUUAAAUCUGUAGGUCAGGUAUUGGUUCCAGAGAUAAAAUCCAUAUUUGACAAAACAUUGGACGAGUUCGAUACAUUCCAAGAUGUACUUAACCUGUAUGAAGGUGGGGUUAAGCUACCUGACGGCCACAAUCUUACUGAACUUAGAAAAUGCGUCCCGUGGGAGUUUUUCAGAGAACUUCUUCGUUCAGAUGGUGAGAGAUUCCUAAAAUUCCCGGUGCCUGAUGUUAUCAAAGAGGAUAAGACUGCAUGGAGAACAGACAUAGAGUUUGGACGAGAAAUGCUAGCCGGAUUGAAUCCUGUUGUUAUUCGACGCCUAGAGGAGUUUCCCCCAACUAGUAAGCUAGACCCUGAAAAAUAUGGCAACCAAAACAGUUCAUUCACAAGGGAGCACAUCGAGACGAACAUGAAUGGGCUUACAAUAUCUGAGGCAAUUGAGCAGAAUAAGCUGUUCAUACUGGAUCACCAUGAUGCACUUAUUCCAUACCUAGAACGGAUAAACAAGGACACAAACACAAGGACAUAUGCUAGUCGAACUCUCCUUUUACUACAAGAUGAUGGGACAUUGAAGCCGCUGGCAAUUGAAUUGAGCUUACCGAAUUUCCAGAAUAAAGAAAAUAGUGCCAUUAGUCGAGUAAUUACUCCCGCUGAGCAUGGAAUCGAAGGUUCAAUUUGGCAGCUGGCUAAAGCUUAUGCUGCUGUAAAUGAUUCGGGAUAUCAUCAUCUGAUUAGCCAUUGGUUGAACACCCAUGCAGUGAUAGAGCCAUUUAUAAUUGCAACGAACAGACAAUUGAGCGUGCUUCAUCCAAUAUACAAGCUUCUGCACCCUCAUUUCCGUGAUACGAUGUACAUAAAUGCUUUGGCUCGACAGAUCCUCAUAAGUGCACGUGGGAUACUCGAGAGCACAGUCUACCCAAGAAAAUAUUCGAUGGAAAUGACUUCUGUCAUCUAUAAGAACUGGAACUUCACUGAGCAGGCACUCCCUGCAGAUCUUCUCAAAAGAGGAGUGGCAGUUCCUGAUCCAAGCCAACCCAACGGCCUCAAACUCCUAAUAGAAGAUUAUCCUUAUGCAGUCGAUGGGCUUGAAAUUUGGUCGGCUAUUAAAGAUUGGGUUGAAGAGUAUUGCUUAUUCUAUUACCGCUCAGAUGACAUCGUUCAAGGCGAUUCUGAACUCCAAUCCUGGUGGAAGGAGCUUCGUGAAGAAGGCCAUGGUGACUUGAAAGAUAAACCGUGGUGGCCUAACAUGCAGACAAGAGAUGAUCUCAUUGAGACAUGCACAAUCAUCAUUUGGGUGGCCUCCGCUCUUCAUGCUGCAGUCAAUUUUGGACAAUAUUCUUAUGCUGGCUACCUUCUAAAUCGACCAACUAUCAGCCGUCGAUUAUUGCCUGAACAGGGCACUCCCGAGUAUGCCGAGCUCGAGUCAGACCCCGAACUGGCCCUCCUGAAAACAAUUACAGCCCAGUUCCAAACACUUCUUGGCAUUUCUCUAAUAGAAGUACUAUCCCGGCAUUCCACAGAUGAAAUUUAUCUAGGACAGAGAGACACUCCCGAAUGGACAUCAGAUACAACACCAAAACGGGCAUUUACGAGGUUUAGUACCAAACUGGUGAAUAUUGAACAAAGGAUAGCGUUGAGGAACGCUGACAAGAGAUUGAAAAAUCGAUGGUUAUUGAAAAUAGAAGAAUUGCAGAAAAUAUAUUCCCUAAACUAUCAUGGUAUCAGAGCCACGGGAAUCCGAUCACUAGACCAAUCUGUAUCAGCACCGGCUGAAUUUCCAAUUUCUCCUAGCCGGCUCCAAUACGCACAGAAAAUCAAGAGGAGACAGAAGCUGCCAACGGCUGUCAUAAUAUAUAUAUACACACAUACACAAGGCAGUUGGGGAAAGGAGGAGAAUAAAGGGGCUGCCUGGGAUUUAAGAAAAAAGUCAAGAAUUGAGGCUGCCCUUGGAGUUUGGGCAGAUUAG